CACAUACUCCACUUCCCGGUGAGAUUUGUCGGGGGAACGCGACAGUUCGUCAAAGAUGGCCCAUAAUCGACAAACGUUUUGGUUAUUGAGGAAUAACAUUGUGAGAGAAUAAGAGACAUCCUGCACAAAGAGAAAGCGGAGAGCCGGCGGUAGUUGUCGCGAUCAGUGUUAGCACUCUCGUCGCUCUACGCCCCGCUUUGGUCUCUUCGUGAGCUAACUUGUUCCCGCUGUGCUAGCCUGUUAGCUCUCGUAGUAAAUAUUAACUAGCAUUCUGAGUGUUGAUUGCUAAAAUGGCCACCAUGGAGAAGCUGAUGAAGGCCUUUGAGUCUCUGAAGUCAUUCCAGCAACAACAGGGACCACUGACCGCUGAGGAGCUUGUCCAGAGGCAGAAAAAGGAACAAGCGACUACAAAGAAGGACAGGGUGACCCACUGUCUGACAAUAUGUGAGAACAUUGUGGCUCAGUCUCUGAGCAGAACGUCUCCAGAGUUUCAGAAACUGCUGGGCAUCGCCAUGGAGAUGUUCCUGCUCUGCAGUGAUGACAGCGAAUCUGAUGUUCGAAUGGUAGCCGACGAGUGCCUGAACAAAAUCAUCAAAGCGCUUAUAGACUCCAACCUGCCUAGACUGCAGCUGGAGCUGUACAAGGAAAUUAAAAAGAAUGGUGCCUCUCGGAGUCUUAGGGCAGCCCUGUGGAGGUUUGCUGAGCUUGCCCACCUCAUCAGACCGCAGAAAUGCAGACCGUACCUGGUCAACCUGUUGCCGUGCCUCACCAGGAUCACUAAGCGGCAGGAGGAGACAGUGCAGGAGACUCUGGCUGCAGCAAUUCCCAAGACUAUGACUGCUUUGGGACACUUUGCCAAUGAUGGCGAGAUCAAGGUGCUGCUGAAGUCAUUUGUGGCCAACCUGAAAUCCGGCUCUCCGACCAUCAGACGAACAGCAGCAAGUGCAGCUGUCAGCGUGUGCCAACACUCCAGACGUACCAGCUACUUCUACACCUGGCUCCUUAAUGUGCUGCUGGGACUGUUGGUUCCAGUGGAUGAGGAGCACCCCAGCCACCUUAUACUGGGGGUGCUGCUAACCCUUCGCUACCUGAUGCCUCUGUUGCAGCAGCAAGUCAACACCACCAGCCUCAAAGGAAGCUUUGGAGUCAUGAGGAAGGAGGCAGAUGUGCAGCCAACACCUGUACAGCUUCUUCAGGUGUACGAGCUGACCCUACACUACACACAACACUGGGAUCACAAUGUGGUCACAGCUGCUCUGGAGCUCCUGCAGCAGGUGUUCAGGACUCCUCCACCUGAGCUUCUGCACAUGCUCAUCACCGCCGGCAGCAUUCCACAUGUUACUGUGUUUCGGCAGGAAACAGAGAGCCGCUCACGCUCUGGCAGCAUCCUGGAGCUCAUCGCGGGGGGAGGGUCUUCCUGCAGUCCGCUCAUUCUCAGGAAACAGAGAGGUAAGAUGCUUUCUGGAGAGGAGGAAGGGUUGGAGGAUGAUCCUGAGAGGACAGAAGUGACUGCUGGUGCCUUCACAGCAUCAGUUGUUGGUGCAGACUCUGCAGCCCAGGUUGACAUCAUCACGGAGCAGCCACGCUCCUCCCAGCAUACCCUGCAGCCUGGUGACUCCAUGGACCUCAGUGCCUCCUCAGAGCAGGGCGUAGGCGAAGCUGGGACAUCUGAGCCAGACACUCCCGAAUCACCCAAUGACGAGGAGGAAAUGCUGAGUCGUAGCUCCAGUGGUGGGGCCAACAUUACUCCAGAGACAGCUGACUAUACUACACCAGAAAACACCACACCGGAGGGAGGGCCCUUACGCGAUGGUGGGAAUCUGUUAAGCACUCACGAUUGCUCACUCCCACCCAGCGAUUCGUCACAGACCACAACAGAGGGACCGGACUCAGCUGUCACUCCGUCAGACGUAGCAGAACUGGUGCUGGACGGCAGUGAGAGCCAGUACUCGGGGAUGCAGAUCGGAACACUUCAGGAUGAAGAGGACGAAGGAACAGCACAAUCCUCCCAAGAAGAACCAACAGAACCAUUCUUGCAGUCAGCACUGGCUCUUAGCAAGCCUCAUCUCUUUGAAGGCCGAGGUCACAACCGGCAGGGUUCAGACAGCAGUGUGGACCGCCUCAUACCAAAGGAUGAACCCGCUGAACCUGAACCUGACAACAAGCAAUCCCGGAUAAAGGGUCCGAUCGGACAUUACACAGCUCAGGGGAAGGAGCCACUGGUGCACUGUGUACGGCUUCUUGCUGCCUCCUUCCUGCUGACAGGACAAAAGAAUGGUCUGAUUCCCGACAAGGAGGUGCGAGUGAGUGUGAAGGCCCUGGCGGUCAGCUGUGUUGGGGCAGCAGGAGCGCUUCAUCCCGAAGCCUUCUUUAAUUCCCUCUACCUGGAUCCGCUGGACGGCAUUCCAGCAGAAGAGCAGCAGUAUGUCAGUGAUGUGCUGUGUCUCAUUGACCAUGGGGACCCCCAGAUCAGAGGGGCCACAGCCAUCCUCUGUGGAGCCAUCAUUCAGGCCGCACUCACCAAAACACGAUACAACAUACACACCUGGCUGGCCAGGGUGCAGAGUUCAACAGGUAACACUCUAUCCCUGGUGGACUUGGUGCUUCUGCUCCAGAAAACUCUCAAAGAUGAAUCCUCUGUCACCUGCAAGAUGGCUUGCUCUGCAGUGAGGCACUGCAUCAUGACAGUGUGCAGCAGUACCCUGAGUGAGCUUGGCUUACAGUUGGUGAUAGACCUGCUGCCUCUGAGGGACUUAUCCUAUUGGCUUGUUCGCACCGAGCUCUUGGAGACCCUGGCUGAGAUGGACUUCAGAUUGGUUAAUUUCCUUGAGAGAAAAACGGAGGCUUUGCACAAAGGAGAUCAUCACUACACUGGGCGGCUGCGGCUGCAGGGCAGAAUUCUGAAUGACGUAGUCAUCCGUCUGUUGGGAGAUGAAGAUCCUAGAGUGCGGCACGUGGCUGCUUCCGCUGUCAGCAGACUGGUGUCCAGGUUGUUUUAUGACUGUGACCAGGGCCAGGUAGACCCAGUGGUGGCUAUCGCGCGGGACCAGAGUUCAGUUUACCUGCAGCUGCUUAUGCAUGAGACACAACCACCCUCCCAGUUCACCGUUAGCACCAUCACAAGGACAUACAGAGGCUACAACUUGUCCAACACCGUGUCUGAUGUCACACUGGAGAACAAUUUGUCUAGAGUUGUAACUGCCAUAUCCCAUGCUUUUACCUCCUCUACCUCCAGGGCCCUAACUUUUGGAUGCUGUGAAGCCUUGUGCCUCUUGGCUUCAAAUUUUCCUGUGUGCACUUGGAGCACAGGCUGGCACUGUGGCUAUGUUAGCUCCAGUAGCAGCUUUUCUUCUCGCUCUAGUCUGAACCGCAGCCGGGGCAGGGCGUUAAGUCUGUCCCAUCCCAGCAGUGCUCCAGGCUCUUCGACCUCCUCAUCGGCACCAGACACGGAGCGGCGCACUCUGACAGUGGGAAUGGCCAACAUGGUCCUCUCCUUACUGUCCUCCGCCUGGUUUCCACUGGAUCUUUCUGCACAUCAGGAUGCACUUUUGCUUUCCGGCAAUCUGCUUGCUGCUGUGGCUCCUAAAUGCAUGCACAACCCCUGGACUGGAGAGGAAGAAGGCAGCAGUGGGAGCGCGAACACUAGUGGAGGCACAAAUAAGAUGGAGGAACCCUGGGCAGCACUGUCAGAGCGCUCCCUGGUGGCCAUGGUGGAGCAGCUCUUCUCCCACCUGCUCAAGGUCCUCAACAUCUGUGCCCAUGUGAUGGAUGACACACCACCAGGACCAGCAGUUAAGGCCACUCUCCCCUCCCUGAGCAACACCCCCUCCCUCAGUCCCAUCCGCAGGAAAGGCAAAGAGAAGGAGGCUGCUGAGCCCAGUGCUGCUCCUAUGAGUCCAAAGAAAAGCAACGAGAUAAACGCAGGCAGGCCAGCAGACAGCACAGGGUCCGCAGGCAUAAACAAAUCUACCACGCUUGGCAGCUUCUACCACCUUCCACCCUACCUCAAGCUCUAUGAUGUCCUUAAAGCUACACAUGCCAACUACAAGGUAACGUUGGACCUCCACACUAGCCAGGAGAAGUUUGGAGGUUUCCUGCGCUCCACUUUAGAUGUUCUGUCUCAGCUGCUGGAGCUGGCCACUCUACACGACAUCAGCAAGUGUGUGGAGGAAAUUUUGGGCUAUCUGAAGUCCUGCUUCUCCCGAGAACCAACCAUGGCUACAGUUUGUGUCCAACAGCUGUUGAAGACCCUGUUUGGCACCAACCUUGCCUCCCAGUACGAGGGCGUCCUGAGUGCACCCAGCCGUUCCCAGGGCAAGGCUUUGCGUCUUGGCUCGUCUAGCCUGAGACCAGGCCUCUACCACUACUGCUUCAUGGCACCGUACACACACUUCACCCAGGCUCUCGCUGAUGCUAGUCUCCGCAACAUGGUGCAGGCUGAGCAGGAGCAGGACACCUCUGGAUGGUUUGAUGUAAUGCAAAAAGCAUCCAAUCAGCUGAGGUCUAACAUCGCAAAUGCUACACGCAACAGAGGAGACAAAAAUGCCAUCCACAACCACAUUCGACUGUUUGAGCCGCUGGUGAUUAAAGCGCUGAAGCAAUACACAACCAGCACGUCUGUGGCCCUGCAGAGACAAGUGCUGGACCUGCUCGCCCAGCUUGUGCAGCUCAGAGUCAACUAUUGCCUGCUGGACUCAGAUCAGGUGUUCAUCGGCUUCGUCCUAAAGCAGUUUGAAUACAUUGAAGUGGGACAGUUCAGAGAUUCGGAGGCCAUCAUUCCCAACAUCUUCUUCUUCCUGGUGCUACUUUCUUAUGAGCGCUACCACUCCAAGCAGAUAAUCAGCAUUCCCAAGAUCAUCCAGCUGUGUGACGGCAUCAUGGCAAGUGGCAGGAAAGCUGUCACACAUGCCAUCCCGGCCUUGCAGCCGAUAGUUCAUGAUCUGUUUGUCUUGAGGGGCUCAAACAAAGCAGAUGCAGGCAAAGAGUUGGACACACAGAAAGAAGUGGUGGUUUCCAUGUUGCUCAGACUCGUACAGUACCAUCAGGUGUUGGAGAUGUUUAUCCUUGUACUGCAGCAGUGUCACAAAGAGAAUGAGGACAAGUGGAAGAGGUUGUCCAGACAGAUUGCGGAUGUCAUACUCCCCAUGAUUGCCAAGCAGCAAAUGCAUCUGGACUCUCCAGAGGCCUUGGGCGUGUUGAACACUCUUUUUGAGACUGUAGCGCCCUCUUCUCUCAGGCCUGUUGACAUGCUUCUCAAGAGUAUGUUCGCCAUCCCAGGCACCAUGGCAUCAGUAGCUACUGUGCAGCUCUGGGUGUCCGGUAUCCUCGCAGUGCUCAGGGUGCUUGUCUCCCAGUCCACUGAAGACAUUGUCCUGUCCCGGGUUCAGGAGCUCUCACUGUCCCCAGAUCUCCUCUCGUGCCACACAAUCCACCGCCUGCAUCAGCAGAGCCUCUCUCCGGAUGACAUGGCUGGUGCUGACACUCUCGGUAACCAGGAAACUAAUGGAGAGGCACAAAAAGCCCUACCUGAGGAAACCUUUGCCAGAUUUCUCCUCCAGCUGGUGGGAGUGUUGCUGGAUGACAUUUCCUCACGAGAGGUUAAAGUGGACAUUACAGAGCAACAACACACCUUCUACUGUCAGCAGCUGGGAACACUCCUCAUGUGUCUCAUACAUGUCUUCAAAAGUGGAAUGUUUCGUAGGAUCACUGCUGCAGCCAGUCGUCUCCUGAAGGGCGAGAAUGGCAGUGGACAGACUGGCUCUGAGGCUAGCCUCUUCUACCCAUUGGAGGGACUGAACAACAUGGUGCAGUGCCUCAUCACCACCCACCCCUCCUUGGUGCUCCUCUGGUGCCAGGUCCUCCUCAUCAUCAACUACACCAACUACUCCUGGUGGGCUGAGGUUCACCAGACACCCAGGAGACAAAGCCUCUCGUGCACAAAGCUGCUGAGCCCUCACUCCUCAGAGGAAGGUGAAGAGGACAAGCCGGAGUCCCGGUUAGCAAUGGUCAACAGAGAGAUUGUACGCAGGGGAGCCCUUAUCCUCUUCUGUGACUAUGUGUGUCAAAACCUCCACGACUCAGAGCAUCUGACCUGGCUGAUUGUCAACCAUGUGCGUGACCUCAUCAGCCUUUCCCAUGAGCCUCCAGUGCAGGACUUCAUCAGCGCUGUGCACCGCAAUUCAGCUGCCAGUGGCCUCUUCAUCCAGGCCAUCCAGUCACGCUGUGACAACCUCACUACGCCUACCAUGUUGAAGAAGACUCUGCAGUGUUUGGAAGGAAUCCACCUGAGUCAGUCUGGAUCUCUGCUGAUGCUGUAUGUGGACAAGCUGCUCAGUACACCUUUCAGGGUUCUCGCUCGCAUGGUGGACACACUGGCGUGUCGCAGGGUAGAGAUGCUGCUAGCUGAGACUCUACAGAACAGCAUAGCCCAGCUGCCUGUGGAGGAACUGGACAGGAUCCAGGAAUACCUCCAGACAAGUGGACUCGCUCCGAGGCAUCAGAGGUUCUACUCCCUGCUGGACAGGUUCAGAGCCACUGUUGCCAACACUAGCAGCCCCACCCCUCCUGUGACUUCACACCCCUUGGAUGGAGAUCCACCCCCUGCGCCUGAACUGGUUAUCGCAGAUAAGGAGUGGUACGUGGCUCUGGUGAAGUCUCAGUGCUGCCUUCGUGGAGAUGUUUCCCUGUUGGAGACAACAGAACUACUCACCAAACUACCUCCUGCUGACCUCUUCAACAUCAUGAGCGGCAAGGAUUUCAACCUGAGCCUACUGUGUCCAUGCCUGAGUAUGGGCAAGCAACGGUUAGCACGAGGUCAGGGUUCGCUCUUGUUGGAGACUGCCUUGCAGGUGACCCUAGAGCAACUAGCAGGGGUCACUGGGUCACUUCCUGCUCCACACAGGUCCUUCCUGCCACCCUCCCAACCCCAGCCCUACUGGGACCAACUGGCUGAUGUGUAUGAUGAGCCCGGUUUCUACCCCAGGGUGUUGUCCCUCUGCAGAGCUUUGGCCCAAUACCUCCUGAGUGUGAACCAGCUGCCUUCCUCUCUACACAUUCCCUCUGACAAGGAACACCUCAUCACCACUUUCACCUGCACUGCCACCGAGGUGGUGGUGUGGCGUCUGCUCCAGGAUCAGUUGCCCCUGAGUGUGGACCUGCAGUGGGCUCUGUCCUGCCUGUGUCUGGCCCUACAGCAGCCCUGUGUGUGGAACAAGCUGUCCACUGCAGAGAACACCACACACACCUGCUCCCUCAUCUACUGCCUACGUCUGAUCAUUGUUGCAGUGGCUGCGAGUCCUGGUGACCAGCUGCUGCAUCCAGAGAAGAGAAAGACGAAGGCGGAAAGAGACGCUGAAGGAGACCAAGUGGACUCCGCACAUGCCGAAAACAUAUGCGAGUGGCAGGCAUGUGAGAUCAUGGCUGAGCUGGUGGAAGGCCUGCAGAGCAUCCUCGCCUUGGGUCACCAUAGGAACGUUGCAUUCCCAGCUUUUCUAACUCCAACGUUGCGCAGCAUUGUCAUCAGUCUGUCCCGACUGCCUGUUGUCAAUAGCUACACCCGAGUACCUCCACUGGUUUGGAAACUGGGCUGGUCCCCUCAGCCUGGAGGAGAGUUUAGCACAAUGUUACCUGAGAUCCCUGUUGACUUUCUGCAGGAAAAAGAUGUCUUCAGAGAGUUUCUCUAUCGCAUCAACACACUGGGCUGGAGUAGCCGGACACAGUUUGAGGAGACCUGGGCCACUCUGCUUGGGGUGCUGGUCACCCAACCCAUCACAAUGGACCAGGAGGUGGAGACGCAGCAGGAGGAGGAUUUGGAGCGUACCCAGUUGAAUGUUUUAGCGGUUCAGGCAAUCACCAGCCUGGUGCUGAGUGCCAUGACCCUGCCUACUGCUGGCAACCCUGCAGUCAGCUGUCUGGAACAGCAGCCCCGCAACAAAAGCCUCAAAGCCCUUGAAACACGGUUUGGAAGGAAACUAGCGGUGAUCAGGGGUGAGGUGGAGAGAGAGAUUCAGGCUCUUGUCUCAAAGAGAGACAAUGUCCAUACACACCACCCAUACCACGCCUGGGACCCCGUGCCCUCUCUGUCAGCAGCCUCUGCAGCAGGAACUUUGAUCAGCCAUGAGAAGCUGCUGCUUCAGAUGAACACGGAGCGGGAGAUGGGCAACAUGGACUACAAACUGGGACAGGUCUCCAUCCACUCAGUGUGGUUGGGUAACAACAUCACUCCUCUCAGGGAGGAAGAAUGGGGUGAGGAUGAAGAAGAUGAAGCAGACACUCCAGCACCCACCUCCCCGCCGAUCUCUCCUAUAAACUCUAGGAAGCACCGUGCAGGUGUGGACAUCCAUUCCUGUUCUCAGUUUCUCCUGGAGCUCUACAGCCAGUGGCUGAUCCCUGGCUCCCCAAGUAACAGGAGAACUCCAACCAUCCUCAUAAGUGAAGUGGUCCGAUCACUGCUGGCAGUGUCAGACCUGUUCACAGAGAGGAACCAGUUUGACAUGAUGUUUUCCACGCUGAUGGAAUUGCAGAAGCUCCACCCACCGGAGGAUGAGAUCCUCAAUCAGUACCUGGUGCCUGCCAUCUGCAAGGCUGCUGCUGUGUUGGGCAUGGACAAAGUAAUAGCUGAGCCGGUGUGUCGCCUGUUGGAGAUAACCCUGCGCAGCACCCACUUGCCAAGCCGCAUGGGGGCCCUUCAUGGAGUCCUGUAUGUGUUGGAGUGUGACCUGCUUGAUGACACGGCCAAACAACUCAUCCCCACUGUCUCCGAGUACCUUCUCUCCAACCUCCGGGCUAUAGCUCACUGUGUGAACUUGCACAACCAGCAGCAUGUGUUGGUGAUGUGUGCAGUGGCCUUCUACAUGAUGGAGAACUACCCUCUGGAUGUAGGAGCUGAGUUUAUGGCUGGAGUUAUACAGUUGUGUGGUGUGAUGGUGUCAGCCAGUGAGGACUCCACUCCCUCGGUCAUCUAUCACUGCGUGCUGCGUGGUCUGGAGCGCCUCCUGCUGUCGGAGCAGUUGUCCCGUGUUGAUGGAGAGGCACUGGUCAAGCUCAGUGUGGAUCGAGUCAACAUGCCGUCACCACACAGAGCAAUGGCUGCACUAGGCCUCAUGCUAACCUGCAUGUACACCGCGGUGCUUGCGUCAGGUUCCGACGUGACAGGGGUUAGAGGUCAGGUUGACUCUGGCUCUGUCGCAGCAGAGACGAUGGGCGUCACGGCGGGUCAUGUUGGUUUCUCCUCAGGCAAGGAGAAAGCCAGCCCUGCCAGUCGCCCCGCCCACUCUGACCCUCAAGCCCCAGACAGCGAGUCGAUCAUUGUUGCCAUGGAGAGGGUCUCUGUGCUCUUUGACAGAAUCAGGAAGGGUUUACCCAGCGAGGCCCGGGUGGUGUCCAGGAUUCUGCCACAGUUUCUGGAUGACUUCUUUCCGCCACAGGACGUCAUGAACAAGGUCAUCGGAGAGUUCCUGUCCAAUCAGCAACCCUACCCGCAAUUCAUGGCCACUGUCGUGUACAAGGUUUUUCAGACACUUCAUGCCACGGGCCAGUCGUCCAUGGUGCGAGACUGGGUGCUGCUGUCCUUGUCCAACUUCACUCAGAGGACACCAGUGGCCAUGGCCAUGUGGAGCCUCUCCUGCUUCUUUGUCUCUGCUUCCACCUCCCAGUGGAUUUCAGCCUUACUGCCACAUGUGAUAAGCCGAAUGGGCUCCAGUGAAGUGGUGGACAUCAACCUAUUCUGCCUGGCGGCUAUGGAUUUUUACCGGCACCAGAUUGAUGAAGAGCUGGACCGCCGGGCUUUCCAGUCUGUCUUCGAGACUGUGGCGUCGCCUGGCAGUCCUUAUUACCAGCUGCUGGCCUGCCUGCACUCAAUCCACCAGGAUACAUCACUCUGAGAGCCACAGACAUGGAGGCCCAUAGGGAGAGAGGCCUGGGGGGUGGGGAUGAAGCAGGGGUAGAAAAUUGGAGUAAUGUGAGAAAUGUGGCAGGUCGUAAAAUUAGAUCCCCCUGUAUACCUCCCUCUUGAGUUGUGAUGGUGGGGAACUACGGUAUGUUUUAUUACAAAGACAGAAUUACUGGAGUUACCAUGAUGAAUUCAAAAGAAUGAGCAUAAAACUAAAUCAUGUCAAUUUUGGGGUCUGAAAUGUCCAAGUCUCUGAAUGGACUGAGCUCCUGCACCUAUAAGAAGGAGACUGGCUGCAAACCCUCUAACUGGUUCUGCCUAAAACCCCCACCCAUCCACCCACAGAUCAUUCCUCAAGACGAAUGACAGCACCUUAAAAGUGUGUGUGUAUGUAUGUAUAUAUAUAUAUAUGUAUGUAUAUAUAUAUAUAUAUAUAUAUAUGAUUAAUCAAACAAAAAAAUAGAUUUUAUUUUCCUGUGAGGACUUGCUUGAGUAUUGUGAUGUCAGUCAAGUCAAAUAGAGAAAAACAUUAGAAAAUAAUUACAUAUUUAAAGAUUUAAUGCAACUAUUUUUCAGUGUGUUUUGUUUAAGAGAGUUGUGGUUAGGAAAUUGACAAUGUGUUGACACAAGUUGUUAAUAAUUAGUUUCUAUGAAGACCUUUUUAUAUUUGUUGUGGUCAUUGUGACACAUGCAUUAAAUAGAAACAUUAAUGUGUAAGAAUGAUCACUGGAGGCAUAGUUGUUUUUGUUUUAUUAUUUUUUCCACCUAAGGAGCAGGGGAUGGGUGUUGCAAUUGUAUUUGCCAGUGCAGAUAUGGCAACUUGUUUGGACUCAUGUCAACAAGUUUCUAUGAUUCCUGCAUCUGGUCAAUGACGAUAUGUGGAUGUUCUAGUGAGAAGACACAGACAAGUACAAACUGAGCUAUAUAUAUAUAUAUAUAUAUAUAUUUAAAAAAAACCUCACUUUCUGCUGUUUUAUCUGUGUAAGGGCCCAUAAAUCUACACCUAAAGUCACAUACCAAAACUUAUCUUUUUUUAAACCAGUAGCAGGGGGGAAUUAAUUUCCUUAUGAUUUUAUGAUAAAUAUUAUAUUUGUCUAGUAAUUUGUUUUUAAUACGUACAACUCCCCAGUGCACCUGAAUGAUUCCAACUGUUGAGUUCUUGUAAUUUUUUAUCUUUGAAUUCUCAGAAUGUAAGAUGUGACUAUUGUUGUAAUAAGACUGGAAGUAAGUUAGUCACCUUUAAAUGGAGUUAUCGUUGUAUCUUGUAAAACUGUAAAGUAAUAUGGACGCCAUGGUGCAUGAUUGCUGUGUAAAAAGAUGAGAUCUUAAAUAGAUUUAUAAUGUGAUGUCAUAUUCUUUUUGCCGUCUUAAUGCGCGUGCACAUACACACAUACACCCCCCCACACACACACACACACACACACACCACCACCACCACCACCCCACCCCCACCCAACCACCCACCCACCCACCCACCUACAUACAUGAUUAGAAGAUUUAUCUGCCGAAGGCAGGAAGCUACAAGCCUGUUUCAUUGAAGACUUAGCCUUGAGUUGCCUGGAAUGAGCUGGACGUUUGUUGCUCUGUACAUACACUUGCCUUAGAUAAAAGACUGAAUAUAUGUAUGUCCUGUACACUGAAAGCUUGAAAGCAUGCUUAGCAUUACUGCUAUUUUCUUGCGUAGUCCUUGAUACUGUAUUGCCGUGGGUUACGGUUUCCAUGACUGUCAUGCGGGAGAGAAAACAAUUUAAAGGGAGCCUUGUAACCUUAGCAACCAACAGCAGCUUUGACAAAUCAACAGUCAGAAGAGGUCUGGCCGAGUUAUGCCAUGUGACAGCUGAGGUUUUCUGUUUUUGUUGAGCUUUAAAUAUUUUGUCUUGGUUAAAUAUUUAAUCAUUUAUUGUCUUUGUGGAGAAUAUUAAAUACACCAAGCACUUAAUAAGUUGUCACCUUGAUGUUAGAUAAUUUCUUAAAUGCUCCACAGUACAUAAAAGUAAAAACAUUGAUUCUAAAUAUGUCCCCACUUCUCAACCUUUAAAAGGAAAUGUAACUGGUUUCCUUAGAUUAUGAUAAAAUUAUGUAUUCACACAAUUCAUAAGUCCUCUGCAGCUGUUAUUGAAAUUCCAAUGUGAGGCCUCUUAAGCAGAUUAAAUCAGUUUUUUCUCAGAUUAGUUUGGAUCUGUGAUACGAUAAAAGAAAUGGAAGAUGAAAGAAAAAUGUUUUCCUCUACACUACCUAUGUGUAAGGAAAUUGUUUAAAAACUGGACAGAGAUAAAAAUUCUUUUAAGCUUUUCUAUUAGUAUCCUUCCCCAGGCGUAAAAACAAAUUACCUAGUGGAGUUCCCUGCAGGGGGUAAUACGAUUAAACAGAAAUCUUUUGUGAUUUUGGGAGUGGAGGACAAGGACAAAGGUCAUGUUUGACUGAUUUAACGAUUGCUUCCCCUUUAAGACUUUAUUUUUAUUCCACUGGAGGAAUGAAGGACCUUGGUGGAUAACAGUCUCUAAUGAAAAAGCAGAGAAUCACCAUGUUAUGUCUUUUCUUUGCCAUUUUCUUUAAGUGUCCCAUAAUCACUCCUGUCUUUAUGAUUACCAUGUUGGGGCUUUGCUAUAAAAUAAUACCUAUUUUCCCCUUUCUAUAAAAGUUAAAGUAAAGAAUAAAGUACAGUUUGGUGAGCACUUGUCAUAUAAUUGUGAUUUAUCCAGUAAUUCUCUGGAGAUGGUAGAAGCUGCAUUGACUGAGGAUUCACUUUGCUGCAUUUUAAAGGGCAUCCACUGCUUUAUUUUUUUUUAAAUUUUAUUUACAAUUACCUGUAAUAUAUGAAUAAAAGAUUGUGUAUUUCUGUUAAUUUCAAUUAUUUUUAAGAGAUUAAUCACUGCAUAUUGUCCAUUGUAGAAAUGAAUAAAUUAUUUAAUGAUGCUUAA